AUGACUCAGCGUCCGCUUAAAUUGGCCCCCAUUUUGGAGGCACUAGUUCUGAUAGUUUUCCUAAUCAACCAAGUGCAGUGCGGUGAGAGUGAUAUGAGACAAGCGCGCAUAAGGCAGUUUCUGAGUGAGCCCCAGCCCCAGACCCAUUUCAACCACAAUCGACCCCCGGGUCCCGGACUACUGCCCCGGAUAAGAUCACGAUCGGAUAACCUGCCCAUGCUUCCUGGUAGUCCCAACAAGUUCCUGAGGUCCCCGCCUCCUGCCACCGCGCAACACAUCAUGCGCCGCGAGCAGCUUGGGAACAUUCCGCCGAACGACCAGCUCAAGAGAUACCAGUUCGAGCAGAAUCAGCAGGGCAGAUUCGCCCACGUGAAGGACGCUCCGGUGUUGGAUGUGGGCAAGAACCAGUUUCCACCCCAGUAUGUCUCCGAGCAGUACAUCCAGAACUUCAAAUCCUCGCCGCUCUUUAAUGGCAAUGUGAUCAUGAAGGACCACAAGCCAGUGUACGCACCCAUUCAACAGCACGCGAUUCCCGUACAGGCCUCCCAGUACCUGCACUAUCCCAAGCUCUUCGGACAGCAGGGAUCUCCCAGUUUCAGUGUGGUGCCUUCCCAGCAAACUGCCCUCCAAAACAGCCAGUUCCCUCAGGAUCCAAAUAGCUACUCUGUCUACGAGGAUACCGAUAUUCCGGCGAAGCAGGAAAUCAGCCAGAUGGUGAACUUUCGCCAGGCAGUGCCACCUGCAAAGGAGUCCAGGGAGGCCCAGAACUACCUGCAAUUCAUGAGUACCAACGAGUACUUCCUGCCCAAAAGGGAUCCCGACUUCAAGAAGCUGGACGCCGAGCGAGACCAGCAGACGCUGCUCCAGCAAUAUCCACAGCAAUACAGUCAGCAGCAGCAGCUGUAUCAGCAGCACCAGAAGCCGCAGCACCAGCCACCGCAGCACCAGCAACCGCAGCAACAUCAAUCCCAGCAGCAUCAAGCGCUGCAGCAACAUGUUCCCUAUAAAACUGCUGGCCUAGACAACUCAGUCUCCUCCAGUUACAAUGAGCCCAUACAAGUGUCCGAUUUGUUCUACCAGCAAGAUCCCGCUCCUGUGAAUUCCGCUGUGGUUCGCGGCAGUUACCAAGCAGGUCAGGAUGUUUUCGUGGUCAAGUCCGACGGCAACAAAGCUGUGAAGCAUGUGGUCUCCACUCCCAUGGCGGUCCAGACCACUACUCAAUCGCCGCUAAAGAGCCAGCACCUCGCCAAGAGUCACAAGAGCUUUACGCCGGAGCCCCUGCGAUUCGAGUUCACCGAACAGGAUGCCAUCAGGGGAUCCAUGAAGUACACCCAAGCCCCGAAAGCCAAUCAGUACUACUACGAAACCGUGGCCCAAGCUCCCCGCGAACACGCAAAAUCUCCUGCACCAAAGAUCGAGCUCAGCAAGCCCAUUAAGGAAUACACCGACGACCCAGAGGAUAGUGCUGACACUGAAAUUGGAAAACAGCAAGAGGAUCCGAAGGUCCUCACUGGGACGAGUCCAGCUACUCCGGAUAAUCCAAAGGACACGGAAUAUGUGAGAGAUAUGCCAAAUGGAUACGUGUGA